GUGUUUACCCAAAAAUCAAAACCAGUUUGUUGCAGAGUGGCCCACUGUGUUAAAGAGCGAAUUAACUUGAGCGUGUUCAUUGUUCACUUUGAGAGCGGCUCUCUUAGCAGCCUAAGCUGCUGUUGCCAAAACGCGUCUCAGCUGUUGGUGCGCUUUUGGCUUUAGCUUUGUUGUAUUUUGGCCAAAAGUGAACAUUUUGCACACUCGAAUGCUGAGUUGCUUUUGGCUGUUUGAAGCCUAAACAACGCGAUCGCAGUUCGCAAUUGGCCAAGCUAUACACAAUAAGAAAGAAACUAUGUGAAAAUGUGUUGAGAUACUCGAAAUAUUAAAAAUAUUCGCGACAUUUAACAUUUGAAAAGCAACAACAACAAAGUGGUAAAUCAAUUUCCAUUGAAAUUGAUGUAAAGUGCUCGUUAAACUUGGCUUGACCUGCUUUUUGUUACGUUUAAUUAAACAAGAAAUGGAAUUGCCAGUGUUGAGUGUGUUAGUGUUAAUGCUGCUGCCACUUCUAAGCAGUGUUUAUAUUGUGGCAAGUGAUGCAACAGCAGCGACGACGCGUCGCUCAAAAAAUGCAACAGUCUCAGCAGACAUUGGCCAAAAUAGCAGCCAAAGUCGUCAGCAUAUCAGUUCCAGUUCCCGUGGCCAAAGAUCUCGCGGUGUUGCACAAUACAGGCUGCCGCUGCCGCUUGAUGAGGCAGAAACUGCGCUGCCCGCCAGCAAUAGCAACAAAAAUAACAACAAUCGAGUGCAGACCAUGCGCAGGCGUAAUCAAGUUGUUAUGCGACGCAGGCCACUUACCAACACUACCACAACAACAACAACUACGACUACAACAACCACAACGACAACAACGCCGCGUCCCAGUUUGGCCAAUGGCUUCAAUUUCUUCAAUCCGAACUUCUGGAGCUUUGGCCAGCAAAGUCUUGUACCCGUAAGUGCGCCCACAAAGCAGCCGCAUCCACAUCCGCCCAAGAAGUUCACGCACUCGCCGUCGAGCAGUUCCAAGGACGAGAAACUUGGCUAUCGCAAGCAGCAGAAGACCACAGUGAAGCCCAGGCGCAGUACAACAACAUCGACGACAACAACCACGACGAUACCAACUCCAACACGAUCCACGGAGGGGCCAUUCCGCAUUGCGUUGCCCACAAUCACUUUUCCCAGUGCCAGUGGCAAGGAUAAGGAGAAGGAUAAACGAGCUGCUGCCGAUCUACGACAGCGUUUCAAUUGCCCGCGGGAGAACGAAGUACGUUUCCAGUUGUUCCCCAAGAUCUGCAAGACGGACAAGGAUUGUGUGGUCUGGCAGCGAGACGAAAUCUGCUGCGACAUCUUUGGCGCCAACAGCUGCGUGGCUGGUAUUGCUAAACCGCUAGAGGAGACGGCACACGCACCCAUACUCGGUUUAAUACCUCGCAAGUGCCCGACUCGUCCGCUGGCCGAACUCUGGUGGGAUGUGCAGGAAUGUCGCACAGACAUGGAUUGCUGGCCACGCGUCUGUUGCCCAGAUGGACGUCGACGAUACUGUCGCACCUCACAGCCAGAGUUGGAAACAGUUCCAGUGCCAGUCAAGCGCUCCUUUGAUUAUCUGUCGGAGUACUUGGAGUGCACGGCGCCGCCGCCGCCCAUCUUUGAUCUGCAUCCAAAGGCCUGCACAUCCACGCUGGACUGCUUUCCCAAUGUGUGCUGUCAGGAGGCGGGAUUGCGGCAUUGUCGACCACCUAAGAAAUCGGUGCUCACACUGAUGGCCAAUUUCCUCAACGUUGACUUUGUAAAGCGUCUGACACAAAAUAUUGUUAUCAAGUAA